UCAGUUGGCUGUUAGCAGUAGGAGAGCGUGGAAGCAGGCCCAGAACCGAAACAGAAACUGAAAAAGAAAUACACAAAACCAGCUGCGAUCGCAUGGGGAGAAGGGGAAUUUAUGUGGAACUCGGAGGGGCAAGAACUGAAAGCUCAGCAAAGAACCACCAAAGUGGCUAUAAGCAGGGCGAGGAAAAUGUGCUCAGAGCUGGAAGUGGAAACGUGAUACCCGCUUAGGAUUCGGUCAAGACCACAUGCUCCUCCUGCGCCAGCUGCCACGUUAAAAAUAGAAAGUGAUUUCUGCUGCUGCUGCUGCUUCUGCUGCCAAAGAUGAAACAAACCGCCGCCACUGCCGCAGAAUGAGCGAAUCGGAACCCAAUAGCCUGGAGUUCAUUGAGGACUCGUACCUACCAGGCAUCGAUGAUCUCACCAGCACACCUUCUCUGGAUCUGGAAGCUAAUGAUGCCACCUUAGAUUGGUAUGGAGAUGGAGAGGAGGAGAGUGAAGCGGAGCUGUAUCUGCGGAAUCUGACUCUGGAUCAGAUAUUCUACGAUGUGGAUUCGGACUACACCAACAGCCUGGAGCUGCAGGCAGUGGAGGCUGAGUUCAUUGGCGCCAAGUUGGCCAAUCAGGCGCCCUCCUCCUCCAUGGCCAAACGUUUCCGCCUGAAGUUCUUUGCCAAGCGAACCAUGCGCGACGUUAAGGUCACGUUCAUAGACUUCUCCAAACCAUAUCUGGCCAAGAUAUCGAACAGUGAUAACUACAAGAGAUUUCUCAACAUUGGGCAUAGAAGUAGAGAUAAUACAGCCAACCUGUCGGAGCCAGCAUCUCCAGCAGCUUCUGUGGCAUCCGCAGAAAUUGCCGCCGAGUUUGCUGCGCUUUCCGUGGAGGAGAAGGAACAGCGCCGGGCCGAGUGGAGUCAGGAGCUGGCCCGCGUUGAGGAGGAGAUUAACACGCUGCGUACCGUUCUCGCCUCGAAGACGCGCCAUGCCUGCGAUCUCAAGCGUAAACUGGGCAUCACCGUCUGGAAGGAGGUUACGGACGACAUGAACCAGGGCAUUAAGAACCUCAAAGAGACCACUGUUUACCAAUCGGUGGAGCAGAGCGUGGGCACGUUUACUAAAGCCGUGCACGAGGCACCCCUAUACCAACGCACUGAGUCUGUGCUGAAGUCCACGGGCGAGAAGACCGCCUCGGUGUUUGGCAGCAUCACCAGUGGCAUUUCGUCGAAACUGUCGCAAAUGAAAAACUCCGAGUCGAUGCGUUCUAUCGAGGCUUCGGUGGGCUCUGCCUACGAGAACGUUAAAGUAAGCUAUGAACACAACAAUUUUAUGUGCCAAUCUCAUGCGACCAAGGUGACAUCCCGUUCGGGAUCGGUUUCCAGUUUCCCAGACGCCCUGGACGAGAACAACACAUCCUCGGGCCUGAACUCACCCACAGACUCACUCACUAAAUAGAUUUCGGGUGAACACCGAAGCUAAGCGCGUCGAUAACGAGGAGAAACCUAUGCUACACAAAAAAACCAGACCCACGCAUCCACUCUAUAACUUAUUUAACUAAUGCGAAUUGUCGUGUUUGCGCACUAACAACUGGAUCAGAAUUUAAUUACCUACAGAUCAUAUGUACGUGUGUAGUCGUUGCGGUAUACAUAACUUGAAUUAACUUAAAUCUGUGCGUCAUAUUUGGCCGAAGGGAGCACAUUAUAUGCAUCUAUUUGUAUUUGCGUGUGAAACACCAUCGAACUGCAUGAUUUGUUUUUAAACUUUUAGCCAAGGAGGGGCGUAGAUUGAGGGGCUUGCUGCAUUCAUUUAUAUAACUAAUCAGACUAAGCGUACGUUUUAGAGACUAAACCAUAUUGGGUGUCAACAAAUCGUCAUUCCCGAAUGUUUCCGAUAUUUAGUAAACAAAUUUAGCGAAAAAAACAUUGCAGUUAAAUUAUAUACAUAUACAUACGUUUAUUUUAUAUUUCUAUUUCUUCUCUAGGCGUUGAGUUCCGUGGUUAGAUGGCGGUCCCGAUAAAAGCCAAUUCCAAAUUUAUUUAGAUCUAUUAUUCGAAUAACGAUCAGAGCUUGCGUGCAAAAUAAUAAAAAUCCAUUGGUAAUUUUAAGAGGGUACAACCCGUACUGCUAACGAGAGAGAAAAGUCGCACCCGAUUUGUUGCUAAUGCUGAUCUAAGAUUUGCUAUAUGUGUAUAAAAUCUUUGAAUAAAUGCAAAAUUGUUUGCCCCAUAAAAAUA